AUGUCUUCUGAAGGACUCCUGAGUAAUGACAAAAAUGGCACGAGCAAGAAGAAGGUUGUCAUCGUCGGCGGGGGUGCUGCAGGAAUGUCCUGCGCUGCCACCCUCGCCCAGCACCCAAACAAAUACAAAGUCACCAUCAUCGAACGUAUGUCCGUAGUCGGCGGUCAGGCGACAUCCAUACCCAUCGACAAGGAGAAAUAUGGGACAUCAUGGAUGAACGAUGGCGUCCAGGGAGGCUCCCCGGCCUUCAAGCAUACCUUCAACUUCUUCAAGAGAUAUGGCCAUGAGCCCGAAGAUGUCAAGCUACAGGUCGCUUUCGGCAAAGGCAAGGACGGCUUCUGGACGAAUUGCUUCCCAAGCAAUCUGGUGGACCAAUUCUCAGGCGACAUCAAAAAGUUCGGCAAGGUCCUGAAGCUGAUCAAGUGGACGAUGCCGGUUUUGGGCAUCGUGCCCAUCAGGAUCAUGCUGCGCAUGUUCUUUUUCAACAAGGACUUUGGUGACAAGAUGGUCUUUCCCCUCAUUGCACUUUUCCUUGGAACCGGAAACCAAACGGCGAACGUCUCCUGCGCAAUUCUCGAACGUCUUUUUGAUGAUCCCAACAUGAAGCUCUGGGACUACGACUCAGAAACUCUCCUUCCCAACCUGCCUCUCAUGGUCACCUUUCCGCAUCUGGAAAAGUUCUAUGGCGAGUGGGCUGCCGAUUUGAAAUCGCAAGGCGUGGAUAUACGUACAAACACCGAUGUCACAGAGAUAGUAUCCCGCUCAAAAAAGGGCGUCGUGCUCAAGACUGCGCCAUUCGAUCCCGAACAGGGCAAGACAGAUUCGGGUCAGAGAGCUGGCGGCCACACAGGUCCAGAAUCUACAACGGAGACUUUCGACAACCUAGUCAUGUGCGUCCUCGCCGAUGACGCUAAAAAGCUUCUCGGCAAGACCGCCACCUGGCGCGAGAAAUUCGUUCUAGGUGGCGCUCACUUCUUCGACGACAUCACCAUCACCCACUCCGACUCCAAAUACUUCAAAGAGAAUUACGAGACACACUUCAAUCCCGAGCUCUGCGCGAAACCCAAGAACAAACAACAGGAAGACCAGAUCGCCUUCGCUAAGAACGAGCAAAAAGGACAAGAUGGAGAGCCAUCGGGGUACAGACCGAUGUACUACACUCAUUCUUACCCCGAAGAUAUGAAAAAGAUCGAGAUGGCCUUCGACUGCACAAACUACCAGCACCAAUUCCGCAUGGAUCAUGAUGCAGAUAAAGCACCCAUCCCCUACGACAAUCACGUCUUCCAAUCUAUCUUCCUCGACAAAACCCACUCUGAUCUCUGGACGAUUGACCAAAUCGACGAAUCCAAGAUCAUUGAGCGCAAAUGGUGGCACCAGCUCGGUCACCGCUGGCAGCACUACGUCAGGGUCGUGCCAGGCAUGAUGUUCAUUAACGGCAAAAACAAUACGUUCUUUGCGGGCAGUUGGACGCUGGUGAACAUGCACGAAAUGGCGUGUGUAAGUGGUAUUGCAGCGGCGUACAGACUGGGGGCGGAGUAUGAGAAGUUUGAUGAUUUCGCAGAGGAUUUGUUUAAGAAAUAUCUCUGGAUUAGUCACGGGGUAAGGUAUAAGGGGGGAAAGAAGGUGCAGUAA